AUGUUUGUUGGAAUGAAUGGUGAAAUUACUGGCCUAGGAUUUGCCACUAGAGAUUAAGGCGCAAAAGUAUAAGAAGACUAAGGAAUUUUAGACUAUAAAAUAUUAAGGAAUGAUGGUAAUUUAGAAAACAUGAAAUUAUUAAUAGAUUUAAAAAAUAUAUUUUCCCGCUAACUUCCAAAAAUGCCCAAAGAAUAUAUAGUGAAGUUAAUAUUUGAUCGUCAUCAUGAAUCUAUGGUAAUAUUUAAGAAUAAUUAAAAAGUUAUAGGUGGAAUAUGUUAUAGAUAAUAUAAAAGUCAAAGAUUUGCCGAAAUAGCAUUUUUAGCAGUCACUGCAAAUGAAUAAGUGAGAGGAUAUGGGACUCGUUUAAUGAAUAAAUUUAAGGAAUAUAUGUAAUAAUAAGAUAUUGAGUAUUUAUUGACAUAUGCGGAUAAUUUUGCUAUUGGAUAUUUCAAAAAAUAGGGGUUUAGUAAAGAACAUAGAAUGCCAUAGGAAAGAUGGAAAGGAUUUAUUAAAGAUUAUGACGGAGGUACUUUAAUGGAAUGCUAUAUCCAUCCUUAUAUUGAUUAUUCGGAUAUAUCUAAGAUUAUUUAGAAAUAAAAGGAAAUUUUAAUUGAAAGAAUAAAAAAAUUAUGUUUAAAUGAAAAAGUAUUUUCGGGUGUUAAUUAUGCUAAAUUAAUAAGAAAUGCUAUAUAAGUUGAAAAAAAUGAAGAGGAAAAAGAAGGAGAUGAAAGUUAACCUUUAGUCGAUCCUUUAGAAAUUCCAGGAAUAAAAUAAAGUGGAUGGGAAUGGGCGGAUUAUUAAGAAUUAAAAAAUUAAAAGGAAAGAUCUUUUAAUUUAUAAUGUGCAAAUGUAAUCGAAAAUUUAAAAAGACAUAAAUAAUCAUGGCCUUUUACAGAUCCAGUUAAUAAAGACGAUGUACCAGAUUAUUAUGAUAUUAUUACAGAUCCUAUUGAUAUAAAACUUAUUGAAAGAAGGUUAUAAAACAAUUAAUAUUUAGAUAAAGAUUAAUUCAUUAAAGAUAUAAGGAAAAUUUUUGCAAAUGCUAAACUUUAUAAUCAACCAGAUACUGUCUAUUAUAAAGCAGCUAAAGAAUUAGAAGAAUAUAUAGAACCUUAUUUAGAAAAACUUAAAGAAAUUCCUUUAAAUUCUAAUAAUUAAAAAGCUAUUCCUAUUAGAAAAAGUAUAAAGAAAAAAUGA